GUGAUAGUUGCUACUCCUGUAUCGGUCGAACAAUGAAUCCAAAAGGUCAGGUGGUUUCUAUAGGAUACGGUUGUGAGUACGAGGGCACCAUUUUACAUGAGUUGAUGCAUACUGUCGGUUUCUUUCAUACAAACUCACGGCCUGACCGGGAUGCUUAUGUUAUCGUGUAUUCGAAGAACAUCAGACCUGGUUAUGAACAGAACUUUAGAAAGUACAGUCAUGGUCAAGUGGAUCGGCUGGGGGCACCAUAUGACAAAACAUCCCUCAUGCACCUACCUCGAAACAGCUGGAGCAGGAAUGGAAAGAACACAAUAGAAUCACGCGCCGGAGCCCAUGUGGUUUUGGGCCAAAUGUACGGUUUAUCAGUCGUGGAUAAACAACAGCUUAAUCAGCUGUACAAGUGUAAAAACAGUUAUGGUUGCUACCUCGCUGUAGGUCUUGAAAACGGCCAAAUAACAGAUUCACAGCUGGGUGCCAGCUCUUCCAAGAGCUAUUAUGAGCCGCACCAGGCUCGGUUACAUCUGACCGCGGGACCAAAGGGGAAUGGGGCCUGGUGUGCUUCGAAAAGUGCGAUAGGAGAAUAUCUCCAGGUGAAUUUUUUCUUCUUUUCUGUUUGAGAAUAAAGUUGGUACCUUUCACUGGCCAACUGAGCCAAUUUUAUAUUAGUGUACUUGUUCGGCUAAGAUAAAAUUUCUUGUUGAGGUCACGCUCCAAGAGCGCAAAAGAGUUCACGCAUGUGUGGACUAUUGCAAUCUCAGAGCAACGCGUGCAAAAUCCGACCAUUAAUGAAACCCUGCAUUUCUUU